UCUCUGUGAAGUAGCUGUCAGAGCUCUGAACUGGAGACCUGGUCACCCACAGCCUGGGUGAAAAAGUCUGGCACACACACAUUCACAGCACCGUCCCCCCUGUGUUUGUGCUGAGAGUGGAAGAUUCCAUUGAAAGGCUGCUCUGAUCUUCAUUCUUGCUAGUUUAGCCCCAGCAGAUAAGGGAGACCUGAGAGGUGCCAGCUGGUGCAGGGGUCUGUGUGCUCCUCUCUGGAUGGAAGCCCUGGGACAUGGCUGGACUUAUACUGGGCUGCCUUGGUCUGAUCUGUGCCACAGCUAUAACCAAUGGAGUACAAGUUACAAUGCCUGAACACAAGAAAGCAGUCAUGCUUUUCCAAUCGACAUUGCUACGUUGCAAAUACUCCACGUCUUCUACUCAACCAGUCAUGGUCCAAUGGAAAUACAAAUCGUUCUGCCAGGAUCGCACAGAGGAAGCCCUGGGGAUUGGGAAAGUGCCAAGCAAGACAAACAUGGGUAAUCAGUAUUUGGACUGUGCAGAUGGCAGUAGGACAGUUCGGAUUGUGGCAUCUAAGCAAGGGAAUACAAUGACAUUGGGGGAUUUCUACAAAGGAAGGGAUAUCACCAUCGUGAAUGAUGCUGAUCUGCAAUUUGGAAAUGUGCACUGGGGAGACAGCGGGCUCUAUUACUGUCUUGUUGUUACGUCUGAUGACGUGGAAGGGAAAAAUGAGGAUCGUAUAGAAGUCCUUGUAAUGGGCAAGACAGGGGUGCUUGUCGAUCUCUUGCCCAGCUUUGAAGUGGAAAUAAUGCCAGAAUGGGCGUUUGUCUGUCUGGUGGUACUCGGCACUUUCCUCUUCUUCGUGAUGGUGGGGAUUUGCUGGUGUCAGUGCUGCCCCCACAGCUGCUGCUGUUAUGUCCGGUGCCCUUUCUGCCCUGAGACGUGUUGCUGCCCAAGAGCCCUAUAUGAAGCAGGGAAAGCUGCCAAAGUUGGUUACCCUCCGACGGUUCCUACAGCCUGCCCACCAUAUUACAUAUCAACUGCUCCUGUGCCGCCUGUGCCAGCUCCAAUGUUAAUGGAAAAGCAGCAUGUGCCCCCUCUAGUCCAGAGUGACUCAUUAGGCGGGCAAAAUGCUGUGCGCAAAGGUUACAGGAUUCAGGCCGACAAAGAAAGGGAUUCCAUGAAAGUCCUGUAUUACGUAGAAAAAGAACUGGCGCAGUUUGAUCCAGCACGGAGAAUGAGAGAAAGAUAUAGCCACACUAUUUCAGAGCUCAGCUCACUCCAUGAAGACUCGCAUAUUAACCGCUCCUACCGCCAAGUGCGCAGAAAGCCACUCCCAUCCAGCUGCAACAACGACGGAGACGCAGAGUAUUGGUCAGGGGUCAUUGGUGCAACAGCAAGACCCUCAACUUGUUCCAAACUGAGGGAUGAGAGAGAAAACUUCAGGAGUAGUCUGCAGAGACCAACAUCUGAGGUAUUAGAAAGAAAAUCUUUUCCUAUGGCAGUUCAGGCAGUGUCAACAGAUGAAUUAGCUGCCUUUGCAGACUCCUAUAAACAAAGAUCUCGGAGGUCCGAAAGCCGGGGCCCAAGUGCAGCACCUCGGUUUGAGAGGUCGGAGUUAAGAGGAAGAUCUAUGUACCAGGACAGCUCUCCUGAUGACUACUAUGGGAAACGAAGUCAUGGAAGAGAACUAUUUUCAGACAAUGAAAGAGGCUGGUCAUUUAGCCCAUCUAGGAUACGCGCUCCAGAGGACAAACAUCUGCCCAAACGGAUAUCCAGAAUGGGGCAGAGUUAUGAUGACGCUUAUCUUAGCAGUAUUCUUGAAAGGAAAACAAGGGGUCUUGAGGAAACUAGUAUAACCCCAUCCAAACUGAGCUUGCGGCAAAAUUCAGGUCGCAGCUAUGGUCGAUCUCCAACAUUCAAGACUGGAGAAGGAAAAGACCACAAAGUAGAGGAAGAAGACUCACUUCCUCCCUACAGUGAACGAGAGCUUGCAAGGGCUCUCCCAUUUCGUUCAAGGGAACAUUCCUAUCUCAACGCCUCAGACAAGAGGAAGAAAAAGGAGCAGCCCAGUAAAACAGUGAGAAAAGCCUUCUUUUUUUACAUGAAUGGGUCACAGGCCAAAUGGGGUUGGAGGGCAUUGUCAAAGAUAUAAGAGUGGGGGUAUGCGUGUGUGAGGACGUUUAUUAUACAAAAUAUUGUGCCAUUUUAAAAUGUCUGUGGAUCAUUAACAUGAUACAAGUUGAAAAAAAUGCAUGCUGUGUAAAAACAGCUCUUGUACCUUUAAUAUUGUCGGAGCACAUUUCAAAAGGGGACGUGUGAUUGUCCUCUUUUUGGUUAUGUCAAUAAAAAAACAACAACAAAAAUGGGCUGUUCGAAAAAUUCCAUGCUUUUGACAUUGGGUGUUAAACUAUGUUUAUUUUUUCUAUACUGUACAUUGGAAACUCCUCCAGUUGUAAUUUGUCUUGUGCAGGCAUGGUUGAAAUUGGGACAUUUGUUCAAGUCAAAUUUCUUUGUAAACAAAUAAACAAAUGCAAUAUGGGAUUCUGGGUGGUUCCAACUCUUUUAGGUAAUUUUGUUGUUAUUUGAUUAUCAUUCUGGAACUCAGAAUGAUUUGAUUUGUGGUAGAAACAUGAUCUGAACGUUAUCUGCUCUGCUGUAGCUGGUUCCAAAAUGUAACUGUACUAGACAAUGAUACCUAUAAAUUGAAAUGAUCAAAUAUCUCCCCUAAUCUAUAGAAGUUAGAAUCUCAUCCUACAGGUAAUAAAACUGGUUGUUUCAUUGCUGCUUGUAAUAACUACCAAAUUUACUUUAAGUUGAAACUGUCAGUGUGGCAGCUACUUAAUGUCAACAGUAAAUGUUGUAAACAUAAAACUAAAUAUAUUAAAAAUUAUAGCUGCUUUAUGUUUCUUGUCAAUGCUGUAGUUAUAAUUGUUUUCUAUAUAUUUUACAUGUGGUUUUACACAAACAUUGAGGGAAACAUCCACUGAGGAAGACACAAAAAAGUCAGUAUUUCAGUAUAUCACCAUAUUGAUACAGAUAUAGAAAGUUCCAUCCUGUCAUUGUUCCAUAUGUGUUUUUACCUCAUGAGUCAUACAUUAUGGACAUCUAUCCAUUAAGUCUAAGAACAGCCCUGAUAAAAGAUAGAAUGUCCAUGUUCUGUGUCAGCUUCUCUGUCAAUUCCAUCAGCUAGUGCAUAGUCUGUGUAUUCCCCAUUGUACCAUUCCCUGUGCAAAGCCUGAAUGCAUUGUGUAAGCAAAGGGUUCCAAGACCUUUUAAUUUAGGACUGGACUGUCAACUGGGAUUGUUCACUUGUCUUACCCCCAAGACUGGUAGUUUUAUCAUUUUGGUUUUUCCAUUUCGUCAUGUUCAUUUCUUACUGUUUAUUAUUUU